AUGGCCAAGUGGUGGCUCGUCGCCUCCCUCCUUCUGUGCGUCGCGGUGGCGACAGCGGCGGCCCGGGGCGUGCCUGCCGGCGACGACUGCGACACCGUUGCUGCUGAGGCCGGUCGUGACGGCGCUGGUCUCGACGAAGCCAAGACCGUCUUCGGUGGGAGCAAUGACGGCGGCCUCUUCGGCGGGGGCGUCAACGGCGGCCCGCUCGGCUCGGGGAUCGCCGGGUUCGGCCCGCACGGCGGUUUCGGGGCCGGCGCCGGGCCGUUCGGUGGGUUCGGCGGCGGGUUCGGCGCUGGCGGGGGUGGAGGAGGAGGAGGCGGCGGCGGCGGCGGCGGCCUGCCUUAA